UUUCACCCCCUAAACUUCUCAAAAACCACAUAUCCACAAUCCUUAGCCCCUUAUCUUCACCAAAACUCCAAAUUCUCUUCAAAGCUUUGAACUUUUAAAGAAUGGCUGGCAAUUUAUGUAUAACUCUCACUCAAUCUUCACCCUUUUCACCAAAACUUUAUUAUUCAUCAAAACCCCUUCUUCAGAAAUCACAUAGAAUCUCUAUUGCCCCAUUUCUCAAAUUUCAAGAUUCAGCUCCUAGUCAAGGUUCUACAAGAGGGUUCACUACUAUAUGUUUUUCUAGUCCCAGAAAUGGUCCUGGUUAUAAAGGAGGUGGACCUGAUUGGCCAAUUUUGAGACGCUGGGAUGUGCCAUGGAAUUGGCAAACUGUUUCACUUUCUUCACUUGCAUGUGGAUUAAGUUUUGUUUUGACAGGACUAAUCGAGGCAGCGUCAAUACCCUAUGUAGGACUUGAUGUAGAAGCAUUGAGCUUGGACGAGAAGGCUGAAAUUUUGUUCGCUGAUCAAGCUAUAACAACUGCAGUUGUGCUAAUAGUCCUUUAUGCUCUCACCAAGUCAUCUCAACCACUUCCUGAUGACAUAUAUCGUUAUGAUCUGAAGGAACCUUUCAAUCUCCAGAGAGGAUGGCUUUUGUGGGCUGGAAUUGGUCUAGGGGGAGCAAUAGGUGCAAUUGCUUUAACAGGAGUAGCAAUGUCUGCUUUCAAUGGUGAGCCGCCACAAAGAGAGACUGAUGCGCUUGCUCGGUUACUCCCAUUGAUAGGCUCCUCAAGUAUCAGCACUGCUUCUCUGCUGGGCAUUACCGGUGUACUUGCUCCAAUUCUCGAGGAGACUGUGUUUAGAGGAUUUUUUAUGGUCUCUCUGACUAAGUGGGUACCUACACCGCUUGCAGCGGUUAUUAGUGGUGCUGUAUUUGCUCUUGCACAUCUCACUCCUGGACAAUUUCCUCAGUUGUUUGUUCUUGGGACUGCUCUGGGUUUUUCUUAUGCUCAAACGCGAAACCUCCUAACCCCAAUCACAAUUCAUGCUUUAUGGAACUCUGGUGUUAUUUUGCUUCUUACCUUCCUUCAGCUCCAAGGAUAUGAUAUCAGGGAAAUAAUACAAGGAACUUGACUUGGGCACCAUAAUUCUCUGGACAAAGUCGUCUUCAUCAGCUUGUCGCAGUUGCUGAACGUAGGAACGAAUCUGGUUUUAUUUUCUGUAAUUUAGGCCAAAUGCUGGUUGGAGCUUGCAAGUAAUGUGGGAAGCCGAAAAAUCCACAAGGAAGCUUCUGUUCAUUUUUCAAUAAUCUAGUAUACUAUUUGGUGUAGGUUUUGAGUACACAGUUCUCAUAUAAUGUAUCCUUGUGAGUACAUGUUGAUCGUGAUCGUUGUAUGAAUGAAUUUUUGGUAGCCAUAUUGCUUUGUUUGGACAUGUUUCUAUCCAAAACUCGAUGAUAUGAAACUCUCUUUCACACUC